ACCCGAAACUCUCCAGCUGCUUUAAUGAAAACCGAGCGCUGAGGUUGGUGGGGGCGCAGUGCUUAUGACGCAGUUCUCCCCCCGGAAGUUGGGUGGCGGUGAUGGUGGCUUCCUUGAGAAGCAACGUGACUGUGAGGUGCUGAGGAGGGAGUACCCACGUUCUCAGGCUGGCAUACUUUUGCCUUAUGAGGGUUGCAAGACUGGAAGAGUACACUUUGCUAAUUGAAGCAACUGUAUUUAAGAAAUAAUGGCUAAUUACAAGCCUGUUGUAAUACAGUCUUUUCCAAAACUUGGUGAGAAAGUAACCAAGGAUACUUUGUACUGGAAGAAUUACAAGGCUCCUAUUCAGAUAAAGGAAUUUGGUGCAGUGAAUAAAAUAGACUUUUCUCCAAUUCCUCCGUAUAACUAUGCCGUGACAGCCUCAUCAAGGAUUCACAUUUAUGGUCGAUACUCACAAGAACCAAUCAAGACAUUCUCUCGCUUCAAAGACAUAGCAUAUUGUGCUACGUAUCGAGAUGAUGGGAACCUGCUGGUUGCUGGCUGUGAAGAAGGCAGCGUUCGACUCUUUGAUAUUGGUGGGCGAGCACCACUGAGACAGUUUGAGGGCCAUACUAAAGCAGUACACGUUGUGGGCUUUCUGUCUGAUAAGUACCGAAUAGUAUCUGGAGCAGAUGAUUAUACCUCAAAGGUGUGGGACGUCUCAUCCGCCUCAGAAAUAGUAUCUUACAAAGAGCACACAGAUUAUGUGAGAUGCGGCUGUACUAGUAAACUGAAUGCAGAUAUUUUUGUUACAGGUUCUUAUGAUCAUACUGUGAAAGUGUUUGAUACACGGACGGAAAAAAGUGUCAUGACGAUAGAACACGGGCAGCCGGUUGAGAGCAUUAAUCUUUUUCCUUCUGGAGGUCUUCUUGUAACUGCAGGUGGCCGGUAUGUUAAAGUCUGGGAUAUCCUUAAAGGAGGGCAGUUAUUAGUGUCUUUGAGAAAUCACCAUAAGACUGUAACCUGUUUGUGUUUGAGUAGCUCUGGUCAGAGGCUGCUUUCUGGCUCCCUAGAUAGGCAUGUGAAAGUUUACAGUACAACUUCCUAUAAGGUAGUUCACAGCUUUAACUAUGACGCGUCGAUUCUCAGUCUGGCAUUAGCACCUGAGGAUGAAAUGCUAGUUGUAGGCAUGACUAGCGGAAUACUGAAUGUCAAACAUCGGAAGCAUGAAGAGAGAGAGGCUUUUCACAGGAAGAGAAGGCCUGCAUACAGAACCUUUGUGAAGGGAAGAAACUACAUGCCAAAGCAGGAGGAUUUUUUUGUCAGUAAGCCUGUAAGAACUCAUUUGAAGAAAUAUGACAAACUUCUGAAAAGUUUCCAGGUUUCCAAGGCUUUGGAUGCAGCAUUUCAGGCCCCUAGAAAAUGGAAAUCUCCCGAAGUUACUGUUGCUGUCAUGCAUGAAUUAAGUCGCAGAGGAACGCUGAAAAAUGCUCUUGCAGGACGAGAUGAGAAACAGCUCAGUUUGCUUCUUACUUUCUUGAUAAGGCAUGUGACUGACACAAGAUUUGCUCCUGUGUUGAUAAAUGUUGCAGAAGUAAUUAUAGAUAUCUACAUGCCUGUGAUUGGACAAUCUGUAGUUAUUGAUAAGCAAUUUGUGAAACUUCAGAAUCUUGUAGAGAAAGAGAUUGAUUACCAGCAGGAGCUGCUAGAAGUCUUGGGAAUGAUGGAUGCACUCUUUGCUACAAUGGCAAGGAAAAAUCCUACUCCCCUGAAUGAGAACAAAACUGAUGGUUUAUAGAGGAAUCAUGGAUGCUUUUAGAAGAACACUGGAACAAUGGCCAAUACUGGACCAUUUUCACCUGAUAAUUCAUUUGACUCUUUUCACCAGCUAUGUGUUUACACCUUUUUUUCUUUUUUUCUUUUUAACAAACGUAUUACUCCCAGGAAGGAAAAUGCAAGAUAUAUUUUUGAAAGGUGCAUACUACUGGUGACUAAGGAGCAAAAAUCCUUUGGGAAACAUUUUAUUGUCAUCAGGAAUAUGUUGUAUAACAUAUUCCAAUAUUGUAUAAAGUUGGACUUUAUAGAAACUCACUUGGCUCUUGAUCUUGUGGUCACAUAAAAACAAACUGCUUUAAUCUUUCCAAUUUCUUGAAGAACCAUCCACUCAAUUCCCAGCAACUCAAACCGUAAUAAAUAUGGCACAACUUUAACAAA